CGGUGAGUUCUCGGGUUGGUUUUCAUCAUCCUUCGCCAUCUGUUUUCUACAGACGAGCGAGCGAACGCCGGCAGAGGAAAAUUUUCUUCUUAUUGUCAAUCAAUAAGAAAAAUGGUAAGUCCAAGGAAACAUGUGCCUUUUCGCCCAAAGGCGAGGGUGCCAAAUCGACAGAAGUCUAAAAUCAUGAAGAUGUCUCUUAAAGACUUACGGAAAACCCAAGAAAAUAUGCGACUAGCAGGUCCACAACACGGUAAACAAUAUCAUGGUCAGUUGGAAGCUAAAAUUGCGAAAAAGAGUGAUAGCAAGUUAAGUCAAGUUCAACCUACAUCAAAGGAUAUGAAGCAACAUAGUACCUUGAGUUUGAAAAAUCACUGGCCAAGGCCAGAUAUGGAUGUUGUAUUGAAUGAACCAUUUCCCUUGAAGAAAAAACGAGAUGUUCCAACUCGCUUGAAGGCUAUGUCAGAGUUGGGUCACAAGGAAACCAAGAGAUUAAAAGAGCGACCAGAUUUUGAUCAACAAGAUUUCUCAAAGAGCACAGAGUUUUCAAUUUCAAAUGGACCAAAUGCCCCAAAGGCAAGUAAAAUCUUGGUUCUUGAGAACAAUUGCUCAAAUGAAGGCAAGGAAAGACCUGAUGGAAUUGUAAGUACCAAAGAAAAGGGUAAAUACAAUACGAGAGCAAGUCAUGCCAUUUGUGCUAAGCAAGAAGGUCCCAAGUCAUUGAAAGGUAUCCAACACAUGCAACAACUUCAGAGAAAUUUAGAGAAGGCACUAUCCAAGAAUGAUAACCAAAGAGAUCUCAUAGAGAUAAACUUUGAGUCAAGUAAUAGGGGCCAAGUUGCUAAAUGUGAUGGCGGAACCAAUAAUGACAUGUCUAAGAAGAGGAAGGAACCAUUGUUGGAAGAAAAGGCUAAAACAAUUGAGGAUGAUGGUAACAAAGAUGUACAAGGGAAUAAUACGGCUAGUAGGCUGAUGAAGAAACAAAGAUGUGUGAAAGGUAAAGAUGAUGAGGAAGGACACGAAGGUGGUGGUAAUCAUAAUCCUAUUGGUGUGGGAGAUGACAACACUAGAUCUUUGUCACAAGAUAAUAUUUCAAAAGAUGGUCAUGUCAAAGUCUCCAUGGUGACAUUUGUUGAGCAACAACACCAUUGUUGCUCAAAGCCCAUUGACAAACCUAAUUGGAGCGGAAUCUUUAAGAUAGAUGGUGGGGAAUAUAUAUCAUUGGUUGGACAUUUGUCAACCAAAUCAUGUGAGAAAGCAUGGAGUUUAUCUAGACAAUUGCUUCCACUAGUUGAAUUGAAAAGACUUCCGAGAUCAGAGGUGUGGCCUAAGGCAUGGGAGGCAUCAAAACCAAGCGGCGACAACAUUGGCAUAUACUUUUUUCCUCAUGUUAUGAGGCAAGAUAAAGACCUAGAUGAACUAAUUAAAGAAGUCAUGGAGAAUGAUUUGGUUUUGCGGGCUAUUAUUGGUGAUGCUGAGAUGUUGAUAUUCCCAUCUAUUCUAUUGCCUAAUCAUCACAAAACAUUUCAGAGAAAACAUUACCUGUGGGGAGUAUUCAAGCCUAGAGAAGAUAUAGGUGCUGUAGUUGCAGAACCCUUAAGUGCUAUAGGGCGUUGUGCACAGGAGGUAGAGAAGGAAAAACAGCAGCAUGUCUCAGAUCAGAAAGAUGAUAAUUUACAAAGGGAAGAACCGAACACCAUAAACCAUCGGUUGCCUGCUUAAAACACUCAAGAUGAAGCUAGGCCACCCAACAUGAGCUCUGAUCUUAAUGCUCCUGAAGAAGGGACACAGGAAGAAGCUGAAGCUACUCCGGUUGCUACUGCUGCUGCUGCAUCGCCUGCAAACUAUGGACAGAUUGAUCCAAGCAUGGGACUUCCCCUGGGCAGGCUCAUGGGUUUUGUAGUUCGUCAGACUCCAAAACUCGAGCAACUUAUUCAAGAGAUGAAACGUGAAGGUGCGUUGGUAUUUGCUAUGGAGGAUCAGAGUUUAGGUGCCGGAUCUUGGCCAGGCAGCAUGGCUACUGCCGUGCAAAAGUAGGGGCCAGGGCAUGACUUUCGUCCUCUAUGGAAUCUGACUUCAGCCAGUGUCCUUCGUCAGCAUGAACAGAAGGCUGCCUAGCUUGUCCUGAUGGUAAGAUAAUACGGAUUUGGGGUCUAUUCAACGGUGAAGCAGCUUGGUGGAAGUUGAGCAGGAGCAGAGCUUGGAUUAGAGCAUGUUCAGCACCUUUCUGUGCCUAUCUAUUCAGAAGAAGGCUGCUGCUGUAGGGGUUCAGAUCCAGGAGUUUGUAUCUCACGCUAGUAAAAAAGGCUUAGUGUAGUUUAGUCCCAAGUUUAGUUUCUACUUCGACCAAGAUGCAAAUACUGUUUCCACAUCAGCUUGUGUGUUAUUUUUCUGAA